GCCGGGCGCACACGGCGUGGGGCAGCCGCCGGGGCUCGCCUGCUCCCGCCGCCGCUCCCCGGGCGGCAGAUCCGGCCCGCGGCCAUGCGCCAGCGCUGCGCUGAGCGGCCGAGCGGCGGGGCUGCACCGCCGCCGCGUCCCGCGGUAGCGGAGUGAAGCGGCGUGAGGAUGAAGCGGGCGAGGCGGGCCGCGCCGGGCCCCCUGCCCGUGCUGGGGCUGCUGCUGCUGGGAGCCCUGCCGGGGCUCUGGACGGUGCUGCUGCGGCGGGAGGCGGCGGCGCUGCCGGAGCCGCGCCCGCCCGCCGGGCAGCCCCCGGGGCGAUGGGGCUGGGGGCGCUCCCCGGCGGCGCGGGGCGAGUCCGCCGGCGGCGGGCAGAAAACUUUUCGGACGCUGCUGGCGGUGCCGGCGGCGGCGACGGACCGGGAGGAGCGGGACGGCGAGGAGCGGCUCGCCGUGACCGACUCGCAGCCGCCGGCCGACACUGCCUCUCCGGUGGAGCGGGGCAUCUUCUGGAGCCGUGAGCUGGAGGAGCAGGUGCCGCCGGGCUUCGCGGCGGAGGAGGCGGCGGCGUGGCUGUCGGCCGCCCGCGCAGCCCGCGUGGCCUCGCUGGAGCGGGGCGGCUGCGGGCGCAGCUCCAACCGGCUGGCGCUGCUGUCGGACGGGAGCCGCGCCUGCGUCCGCUACGGCAUCAACCCGGAGCAGAUCCAGGGCGAGGCGCUCUCGUAUCACCUGGCCGGGGUGCUGGGCAUGCAGGAGAGGCUGCCGCCCAUGGCCCUCGCCCUGGUGGAAGCCCGCGGGCGGCAGUGGGAGCCGGUGCGCGAGGAGCUGCGCGGCUCGCACUGGGCCGAGGGCGCCGUGGUCAGCCUGACCCGCUGGGUGGACAAUCUCACUGCCGUGGUGGCUCCCGCGCCCUGGGGCGCCGAGGCGGGCGCCGGCCGGCGGCUGCAGCCGCUGUCGGCGGGGGAGCUGGUCGGGCUGCCGCCGUCGCAGCUGGUGGAGUUGGUGCAGUGGAGCGACCUGAUCCUCUUCGACUACCUGACGGCCAACUUCGACCGUCUGGUCAGCAACCUCUUCAGCCUGCAGUGGGACCCGCGGGUGAUGCGCCGCGCCACCAGCAACCUGCUCCGCGCCCCCGACGGCGGGCUCGUCUUCAUGGACAACGAGGCGGGGCUGGUGCACGGCUACCGCCUCCUCGCCAUGUGGGACCCCUACAACGAGCCGCUGCUGCGCUCCGUGUGCGUGUUCCGCGAGGGCACGGCCCGCCGGGUGGCCGAGCUGCACCGCCGCCGCAGCGCUGCCGCCGAGCUGCGCCGCCGCUACCGGGCGCGGGAGCCGCUCUGGGCGCGCCUCGGCUUCCUCUCCGAGCGCCAGGCCGAGCUCCUGCAGGCCCGCGUCGACUUCGUGCACCGCCACAUCGCCCACUGCCGCGCACAGGCCGCCGUGCUCUGAGAGCCCCGCGCGGCCGCGGCGCUCCGGCUUCCCUCUGCUCCCGGGCAGCGGGGCUGACUCGCCCGGCAGCGGGGCUGACUCGCCCGGCAGCUGCCGCGGGCCGGAGCUGACCCAGCCUGGCCACCUCGGUGCCCCGUAGUCGCUGCCACUGCCGGGGACGGGGGAAAUAAUGGGCUAUCUGCCUGCCGGGGCUGUCGAGAGGAGCGAUUAAUUCGCUUUGUCAGGAUCGCUGAAGAUGCGGAGUGCAAUCGGUAUAAUUACGGCCCAGCUCCACUCCAGGACUCUGGCCCCAGAGUUGGGAAAAUGACAGGGUUCAGCAUCUUCAGUGCUUUCCGUAACUCUCUUCGUGCACUCGCCCUCAUAAGAGACCCCAUAGGAAAGCAGUCGUCUUUUGUCUGUAUCGGGGUCGAGUAAAUUUUUUCCUUCCAACGAAGGCAGGCAGAACAUUUUUUUAUAUAUUACUCCUUUGGCAAUGGUAUAUUUAAGUAUGAAUGUUGAUGUUCAUAGACCAAGAACUGAUUGCACAAUAGGGGAGCCCCUAACUAGCAAAACUGCCCUAUUUAUGAAACUUGUUUCCUACCAAUUUUCUUUAACGAAAGUGAACUUUUCCACUGAUUGUUCUAUCUUGUUGAUGAGAAAUGUAUAGGAAGCCCAUAUUCCCUUUGUUCUUAGUUUUUUUGUGGAUUCAUUGGGUUAAACUGUUCCGAUUCUUAAGGUUUUGUUUGUAGUCUUCACGAUCAUAAUUUCAUCUCACCAGUAAAGUAACUGACUAAUGGGUGGCACAAGAAGAUCUCCCAUUUUUAAAAAAUAUUUCUGCGUGCUAAGACUUUGACACAAUACUUAAAAGUGGGAGAAAAACUGUAUCAUGCACUUUACUUUGACUUUUUAAUAUUUUUUUUUUAUAGAAGACCUUUUUAUUUUACAAAGUCUGCCUUUUAUGUACAUUAUAUAUGUUCGUAAACUUUUCUGUAACAUACUAAAGAAACUGAUAUUUC